AUGCUUUCCGGCUUGCAGAAUCCGCGGCAAGCUGCUGCGCAGCUUAUGACCUUUGGGCUGAUCCUUUCUAGCGCUUUCAUGAUGUGGAAGGGUCUCGGAGUCAUUACAGACUCGCCGUCACCGAUCGUUGUCGUCCUUUCUGGAUCCAUGGAGCCAGCUUUCCAACGUGGUGAUCUCCUCCUAUUGUGGAACCGCAACGUGUUGCAAGAAACAGCGGUAGGAGAGGUCGUUGUGUACAACGUCAAGGGCAAGGACAUCCCGAUUGUUCAUCGAAUAGUCAGAAAGUUCGGAUCUGGUGACAAGGCCAAGCUUCUGACAAAGGGCGACAACAACAACGCCGACGACACGGACCUGUACGCGCGGGGUCAGGACUAUCUGGAACGCCAAGACAUCAUUGGAAGUGUGGUUGGAUACUUUCCAUUCGUGGGCUACGUAACUAUCCUGCUAGCCGAGCACCCGUGGUUGAAGACGGUGAUGCUUGGUAUAAUGGGUCUGUUGGUCAUGUUUCAGAGGGAAUAG